UGGAACAAAUACGAGGAAGAAACGAGGCAGAAAGCCCAAAGCCUUAACUGAAUCUCAAAUCACCAAUAUACCUGCUAGUAGUGGCAGUAGCGACGAAACUACUUAUAGCAGGUUUAUAGGAGUAGAAAUAUGUAACGACGAAACUACUUAUAGCACGGUUGUAGGAGUGGAAAUAGAGAUGUACAUUGAACCUCCCAGCACUAAUUCGGUUAUGAAUAUUGAAAAUGAGAAUUUCGCUCAAGCUAGUAGUAGUAAUCAGAGUAGGGCCGCAGAAGAAAGUUUCGUUGUAGCCUCAUCUAGUAGUAGUCAGUAUUCGACCGCAGAAAUCGGAGAUGAGAGUGUCGUUGUGGCAUCAACUAGUGGUAGUAGUCCGAAUGCGACAGUAGGAGCUGGCAAUGAGGGAACUGAAAAGGAGAAUUUCGCUGUGACUGCUUCCUCCAAAGAAAAUACGUCUGUGGAAACUGAAAAUGAGAGUGUCGCUUUAGCUGCUUCCUCCGAAGGGAAUGCGAAACGUAAGCAUGAAGAUGAUGACGAAGCCCAUGAUGCUCAAUCCAACAAAG